CUUUGACGGUCUCGGCGAGAGAAGAAGAAGGCUCCGAGAUCACCGAUUCAUUCGGAGAGCGGCGAAAAAAGGAGGAGACAAUUUACCGAGGAGGCAAAAGGACCAAUUCGCCAUUUGCCACGCUGCAUUCACUGUUGAGUGUUGUAGCGUCGUGUCAAGUGAUUCGUGUUCUCCUUUCCUUCACCAACAAGCGGAGCCUUGCAAUGCAUCGUCAACCCAGCUUACAAUGUAAUGGUUGACGAUCGCUGUGUUCAAUAGGUAGACGCCACGGCAUGGGUUGUGGCAAGCCAUGGCUUACAUCUGACGAUGGUGAUGAUGGUGCUGGGUGAGUAGCUUCCGUCGCCCUAUUCCCGGCAGGAUGUCCUCGGUUAGACGUACCGCUGGCCGACCUGCGUCUCGCGCUGCCCUGGAACGACGUAGAACAGUGGAAGAUGGCAUUGCUUCCAUCUCUGGUCUGAGGCCCACCGAUGCAUCCACUACUAGGCAGCCCCUCGGCCCAGUGCGGCAAAGGUCCGGAUCCCUGGGUAGCGGCCGCCUGGAGCGACCUGGCAGUGCACUCUCGAUGACCUCCGUGACCUCACAGGACCUACGCUCGCCUACCCCUGGCCCCAGCGCCCCGUCCGUCCGAAGCAGCAGUCGCAGCUCGGGAAAUACUGCUAAGUCCUUCAAAACUAAUUUCUGUGUCACUGUGCGGGUCAGGCCUGCUCUGCACCGAGAACUACAGUCCAAAGGAGUUGCUAAAUGUGUUGAAGUCGUCGACGAAAACAAUGCUCUUGUCAUUCGGAAGCCCAAGGAGCGAGGCGCAGGCGCUGCUCCGGCACUCCUGGAUGUGGAUGACUUUGGCGAGCGAUUGAGUGCCGCACCUGACCAGUUGAACGAUGUGCAUAGCUUUACUUAUGACCGUAUCUAUGGGAUGAGUUCUACCCAGGAGGAAGUAUACGCAGACUGUGCCCGAGACAUAGUACACUCUGUACUGAAAGGCUACAACGGCAGUAUCAUCGCGUACGGACAAACCAGCACGGGCAAGACUCACACGAUCGAAGGCGGCCAAGAUGCCGAGAAACGUGGGAUCAUACCGAGAUGCUGUGCUGAGAUCUUCAACUACAUUCAAAACCAAGCGUCGCAUUCAUCAAAGUUUCUCGUCCGAACAUCAUUCUUGGAGAUCUAUAAUGAACAUGUGAUGGACUUACUGGAGCCUGCACGUAGCAAUCUCAAAGUCCGUGAGACACCGUCUCGAGGCAUGUACGUGGAGGGACUCUCGGAGAAAGUUGUUCGAUCUCCGUCCGACGUCCUACUUCAGCUGCAGAAAGGCUCCAAUGUGAGAACGACACACAGCACACGGAUGAACAAGGUGAGCAGUCGCAGCCAUGCAGUCUUCACUAUGAUAGUAGAGCAAGCAAAGUCACUUGGAGCCGGCAAGGGGAAUGACGUAACUAUCGGGAAACUGCGCCUUGUGGACCUGGCUGGAUCAGAGAGAUUUGAAUCCGAUGCCAAAGGCAGGCACAUUGAGGAAACGAAGAAUAUCAACACAUCGCUGUACACGUUUGGUAAAGUUAUCCUGGAAUUGACCACACCGUCGUCCAAGUACAUUCCUUACCGUGACUCCAAGCUAACACGGAUUCUUCAGGACAGCUUGGGUGGCAACUGCAAGACGACCAUGAUCAGCACGAUCAGCCCAAUGACAACCAGCUACUCGGAGUCACUCAACACACUCAAGUUUGCACAAAGAGCAAAGCUUGUGAAGAACAUGGCCAGCGUCAACAAGGACACCGCUCACCAGGCCAUGAUCUCAAACUAUGAAAAGGAGAUACAGCGGCUACGCCAGGAGCUGGACAGCACGAAAUCUACGAACAUGGUUGACCGAGGUGAAGUCCUGCAGCUUGAGAAAGAGCACCAGCAGGCCCAAGAAGAGAAGGAUGCGGCUGUGCGUCGACUUAAGCAGCAACAGAAGGAGAUCAACCAGGCUGAGUCCGACAAACGUGCAUACUUGCAGAAGAUCUCAGACCUGGAACAACAGGUUCUUCAAGGUGGAACCAGCAUAGAGGAAACACCAGAGUUUCAAGAAGCAGUGCGAAAGGAGCACCAGAGGCUGCAAGUGGAGGCCCGGGAGAAGAUGAUGAAACUGGACCUGGAACGACGGAGGCUGGAGAAGGAGAAGGAAGAGUUUGAGCAGCAAAAGAAACUGUUGGCAACCCAGAACGUCAGGUCUGCACCAGAUGGCGGCAGGUCGGAUGAGGAAGACACAAUGGAGUCUGCCAGUGGACGCUGGCACUCAAAGUCCCGUUUUGCAAAGCCGUCCAUGCUUCGCAGCCCAUCACCAGAGAGUGUGCACAUGUAUCCAGCAGGUGGGCGCAUGGUAGUUGGUGCUUCAACUACAUCAUCAUCCAGUCUCCGUUCAACUGUGAGUGAUAUGCUAGAUGGUGGCCCGUCAAUGGACAGCCUUCGCUAUGACAGAUCUCAGGGUGCAUCUCUCAACUACACCACUCCACUGCAAGCUGAUCAGCAAUACCGGCACCAGAGCCGAAUGGUCAUGGGCAGUCCAGAGAUAUCCAAUUGGUUGUCGUCGACUGGAGGUGACCCUAAUUCUCAGGUUCAGUGGACUGCGGAGCUGCUUGAGUAUGCACAUGCACUGAGCCACCCAGCCACCGGUAUACCAACACAGAAUCACCCGCUUGGAGUACGCGUCUUUUCCAGUGAGAAUGCGACUCGCUGGUUUCUGACCAACAUGGAGGGAAUUCUAAACCUACCAGCUGCGCAGAGCGUUGGCCAGAGGCUCAUCAGCCUUGGGAUCAUUCACAGCAUUUCAGCCACGCCCGAGUUUACAGUGUCCGCGAGUGAGUUGUACUACUUUGCUGAGCAAGCUGAACAUCCACAAGUGCGAAGGCGGAGGGGCACUCUUCAGCCUUCCCGGGGCAUGCCUCAGCGCCCAAUACCACUGGACACAUCUGCCUCUAAUCUCAGCUUGAUCUCAACUACCAGUAGCAGAAGGUCAUUUGAUCGCCAGCCAUCUGCAUCCAGCCGGCGGAGUGCACACAGCUUUGCUGAAACGAUAGCAUCGUCCGGCAGCAAUGACUCCAAUGCAAGUCUGGAGCUGGUCUUUGAGGAGCUAAGGUGGUCUGACUAUGGCCGAUCUCCUAUUCACACGGCAGCAGCUCUGGGUGAUCGACCUGCCCUCACCAGACACAUCAAAGAGCUAUCAGCAAACAGUUUAGACUCAAGCAACCGAACACCGUUGAUGUAUGCUGCUGCUUCCAACCAAGUUAAGAUCAGUCAGCUAUUACUGCAUGCUCGAGCAGACCAGACCCUUGCAGCUGAUGACAAGAUGACACCGUUGCUUGUUGCAGCAAAGUUUGGCCACGACUCUGUUCUGAAAUACCUGCUAAAGCAUUACCGAGCCAGUAGUUUGGCCACUGAUAUGGAGGGAAAGACUGUACUACAUCACUGUGCAGUGCACUCCAACACUCGCUGCUUGGAGAGUGCCCUGGGCAACUCUCUUGUUCAGCGCUCCAUCAAUGAUCGGGACCAGAGCUUUCAAACACCGCUGCAUUGUGCAGUUGCUGCAGGGAAUGUGCGUAGCAUAUCUUCUCUAUUGACAGCAAAGGCUGAUCCUGGCAUUGGUGAUGACAGGGAGCUAACACCGCUGCACUAUGCAGUGAGGGGACAGCAGCAGGCUGGUGUGGAAGCAAUCCUGAAGCACUGGCAAGGCCACCUGGGUUUUGAAGACGUUGAUGGGCGGACACCGCUGCAGCUAGCUUGCAGCACGAAUGCAGAAAGCAUUGCUGCUUUGCUACUGGACUCCAAUCGGUGCAACGUGAAUCACCAGGAUAAAGCGAAGACAUCUGCACUCCACCUUGCCGUUCAGUGUGCCAAUAUUCCCCUAGUCCAGCUUCUUCUCUCAUAUGGUGCAAAGGUUGUGGUGCGGGACUACCGUGGUCGUAUUCCACUGCACUAUGCACAAGAACAGAGGAACUCUCAGAUGGUCGCGCUGCUGCAGAAGCCAGCCGCCGGUGAACAGAGAAAACGUCCUGCCUAGGAUUCAGGUUUCAAGCCAGCUUCUUGGCAUCCACAUGGCUUGUCUUAGCAGGUAGUGUGCCAGGCUGAUGAGUAAUUAUUGGUCCUGGAACUUGAAGACAAUGCAACGUCACAAGUAUGUCAAUUCUAUAGCAAUGUUGCGCAAACCUGCAUAGCGUUCGUUGAUCAUGAUGCAUGUUGCUGUAUAACACUGGUCAUUAGUACAUGACUGUAACUUUUCUCGGCUUGACUUGACUGACUUCGCCUUGAUGCCAACACACUUUUAAUAUUAUUUUAGCUUUCCAUAUAUUCUACAAUUCUCUGAAAUAGCCCUCCACAUCAUAACUAGCAUUCGACUCAGGACAAUUACACAGCCAAACCCCAGAGUUGCUGUCUCAGUUUAAUCCAGCAAUGAGACAAUGCUGAUGUUUUAUUUUAUUUUAUUGUAUCGUACAGCGCACUGCAUUUAGCGACAAUGAAUUGCUAGCCAGUUCUGCCUGCUCUAUUUCUAUUCUAAUGUCUAUGGCAUACAGUGCUAUGCACAUAGCCAUGGUGUCCCUGGAGUUUAUGCUGCCACUCAUGCACAUCUUAGCACUAAGGCUGCUCGGCUUCUUACAUCACAGUAUACCUUUUAGUGCCUGAAACAUUUUUGAUCUUUA